CUCGGCGGCAGUGACGCUCUUACCCGACUUACCCACCGGACACAAAAUCAUUCUCUCGCCGUUCGCCGUACACUCCACACACGCGCCGUCCGUUACGCGCUCGUCGUCCAUUUUUUUUGUAUCUAUACGUUUUUGUGACAGUGUGUGUGUGUGCCGCUUUCGGUGCGACUCGAUAUCAUCGCCGUUUACGACGUUAUUGAUCAACGGUACCCGUUGUGAUUUUUCGAUAAUCGAUCGUUUGUUUUGUUUGAAAAAAUAUUUAAUUUUUUCGUUUCGCGUGCGCCGACGUCAACCCGUUUUAAAACGCAACUCGCGCGAACUUUGCCGCCGUCUGUACAGCAGCAGGGCUGCAGUGUGACGGAUUAAAGUGCGCGAAAGCUGCGGACCCGAUCAGUGACGGACAAGAAGAAGAGAUACACCGGAACUGUCUUGUCUUCGAAGAGGAGGAGCAGUAUAACUGUCGUUUGACGUUAUACAUUUUACGGUUCGUUCGUUUACAUUUGUUUGAUUUAAACCCGUCGAUCACCAUGACCGUUACGUAUGGCAUGACGGGGACGACCACCGACGGAGGAGGAGCCGUUAACAACGGCAGGAGAGUGCUCAUGGCGAAAACCGAUUCCCUGAGUAACGUCAACAACAACAACAACAGCACCAGCGUCAACAAUAACAAUGGGUCGGCGUCAAUCACGGGCAAAGCGUCCGUGUUGAGCGUGAGGCGCGUGCUGUUCGGGCCACCGGCCGACCCGGCGGAGACGCGGGCGUGGCUUGAUAGACAAUUGUGCGCGGCCACCGCGGCUGACUCGCGGUCGUGGAACUUUGAUUUCGUUAACGAACGUCCGCUCCGCGACAGCCCGGCCGACCGUUAUGCGUGGGAGCGUGUCUGUCCACCGAAGCGUCGCGAGGAGGCGGCCGCAACGGACUCGACGACCACUACGACAGCACAACAGCAACAGCAAGAUUGCCGUCGAACGGCCGUCAAGCAGCAGCGACAGUCCAAAGUCACAGAUUUCAUGAGCAAAACCAAGAAACGACCGUUGAGCGCUUCCGGCAGGACAUUGCGCUCGAACAAAGUCUUGGACGAACCCGAAUCGGCGAACAAGCGGAGUCGCCCAUCGGUCGCGACGACGACGACGAUGAUGGCUAUCUAAUUCGAAAUUGGAAAAAAAGGCAAUACGCUGAGUAAAUAAUAAAUUAUAAUAUAAGAAUUUAAAAAAUAAAAUAAUAUAAUUUGAUGCCCAAAAGUUUUUCACAUUUUCGACGCAAAAUUUCGAGAUCUCCCAAGUAUAGAUAGUCUUAACUAUUAUAAUAUAAUAAUUUAUAUUUAUAUUAUAUAUAAUCUUCUUCAGGAAUUUUCCUGAUAACGCACGUUCUUAUAUGACAUUAUUUUAUGUGUAUAAUUUUUUUUUUAUCAAUCCCCCUCCCCAUCGUUAUUGUACAGAUGUUUUUAAAUUUUAAAAAUUUUAAAAAUGAUGUAUUUUUUUUUUAAACAAUUAAUAUUUAUACUGUUUUGUUUUUUGAUCUCCUUCACGAAUAUUGUUCGGAUUUAUCCACCGCUUAUGCGCAGACUAAUUUUGUUGUUUUAUUUGUCUACGUUAUAUUACAAAUAAUGAAAAAACUUAUCUAUUAUCCAUCAUAAUAUAAUAUUAUGUUAAGUAUAUUGUAGCUUAAUGUCUGUACGUUUAGUAUUAGCUCUAGAUUUUAAUGUUAACGUGCAAUUAUACAUUUAACCUUUUAAUUUUAGCUUGUUGAAAAAAUCAUAAAAAAAGUGGUUAGAAAA